GAGUGCAUCUCUAUUCAUGUUGGCCAGGCUGGAGUUCAGAUAGGAAAUGCGUGCUGGGAACUCUUUUGCCUGGAGCAUGGCAUUCAGCCAGAUGGCACCUUCAAGGAUCUGCAGGAUAAACUCAACUGUGACGACUCUUUCACCACAUUUUUCAGUGAAACAGUCACUGGGAAGCACGUACCAAGGGCUGUAAUGGUGGACUUGGAACCAACUGUAGUAGAUGAAGUGCGGGCUGGCACCUUCCGGGAACUUUUUCAUCCAGAGCAGCUGAUUACUGGAAAGGAAGAUGCAGCUAACAACUAUGCCCGUGGCCACUACACCAUUGGCAAAGAAAGCAUUGACGUGGUGCUGGAUCGUGUCCGGAAGCUGACUGAUGCCUGCUCUGGUCUGCAAGGAUUCCUGAUCUUCCACAGCUUUGGUGGGGGAACUGGCUCUGGCUUCACCUCUUUGCUGAUGGAACGCCUCUCAGUGGAUUAUGGAAAGAAGUCCAAACUGGAAUUUGCCAUCUACCCAGCCCCUCAGGUCUCCACUGCAGUGGUGGAGCCCUACAAUUCCAUCCUGACCACACACACAACCCUGGAGCAUUCGGACUGUGCCUUCAUGGUGGAUAAUGAGGCCAUUUAUGACAUCUGCCGCCGAAACCUGGACAUAGAGCGCCCUACUUACACCAACCUGAACCGUCUCAUCAGCCAGAUUGUCUCCUCCAUCACCGCCUCACUGCGCUUUGACGGAGCCCUCAAUGUGGAUCUGACAGAGUUCCAGACAAACCUGGUGCCCUACCCACGCAUCCACUUCCCCCUGGUGACCUAUGCCCCCAUUAUCUCCUCUGACAGAGCCCAUCACGAGCAGCUCUCAGUGGCUGAAAUCACCAGCUCCUGCUUUGAGCCUCACAACCAGAUGGUGAAGUGUGACCCAAGACAUGGGAAGUACAUGGCCUGCUGCAUGCUUUACCGCGGUGAUGUGGUUCCCAAAGAUGUCAACGUAGCAAUUGCUGCCAUCAAGACCAAGAGAACUAUCCAGUUUGUUGACUGGUGUCCAACAGGUUUCAAAGUUGGGAUCAACUAUCAGCCUCCUACAGUAGUUCCUGGUGGAGACCUAGCCCCAGUUCAGCGAGCAGUCUGCAUGCUGAGCAACACCACAGCCAUUGCAGAAGCUUGGGCAAGGCUCGACCAUAAGUUUGACCUGAUGUAUGCCAAAAGAGCUUUUGUUCACUGGUAUGUGGGUGAAGGUAUGGAGGAGGGAGAAUUUGCAGAGGCCCGAGAGGACCUAGCUGCCCUGGAGAAAGACUAUGAAGAAGUGGGAACUGAUUCCUUUGAAGAAAAUGAUGGGGAAUAA